AUGGCCGGUGGUCAGAAUCUUGGCGCCUUGACCACGACGGCGCCACUGUCGUCUUCCUGCGUAGAUGAGCUCGACGUGGUCUAUAAGGUCCACACAACUCCAGAAGGUUACUACUAUCUCCUCAACGGUCCGUUGGAGCCCGCCUCGUGUUAUCCAAGCGGCUACGCCGGCAUCACAACACAAUACUACUCGCCUGCUCCGGCGUGUCCUUCUGGAUUCACCUCGGCAUGUGGAACUGUCAAUGCAAUCGGCACUGUCAGCGAGACGGCGUAUACGUGCUGCCCAACAGAAUACGACUAUACAUGCCAGACCAACGCAUCGUAUGCAUGGGAAUCGACUUUGGGCUGCGUGUACCCUGUGGAUUCUUCCUCCUCGACGGCCUGGACCGUCGUCAAAAUCAGCAGCGGCUUGACAUCAACAAUAACGAGCACGGGAUACGCGGGUGGUAUGAAUGCGUAUAGCAUUCAGGUCCGAUUUCAAGCAAGUGAUCUGACAACUGCGACCUCCACCUCCUCUCAAACGACGCCCACUACGGCGGCAGUAACGGGCACGAACAAUGACAGUCCCAGCUCGACUUCAGAAGCAAGUAGCAGCUCUAAUGGCCUGAGCACCGGUGCAAUAGCUGGCAUCGCUGUGGGCGUGGGCCUUGUCGGCCUUGCGAUCAUUGGCGCAGUGGCUUUCUUGAUGAUCAAGAAGCGGAAACAAAAGAGAGUUUUACAGCCAACCCAAGUGUCGCCGACACAAGAACUGGACAACAACAAAUCGACACCUGCCUAUCAAUAUUAUUACUCGGAGCUGGACACUGGCAGGCCGAAUGAAGUCCAUGAGGCACCGGCGUGA